CUUACAGACCCCACUGACCCCGAAUAAAGUCCAGGAGACCGCGAGUGAACCCAAACGGCGUAAAGGCUCCCACAAUCCCGACUUGCUUUUGGUUGGGGUCGUCUGUCAGGAGACGAGGCUAAGCGACGUGCUAGACAUCAUUCCAGCCUGUGGGGCUCUCCUACUUGCUUUUACGGUGUUCAAGAGCGUUCCUUGAGCCGGGCCUUUCCUUGUGCUCUAGCCUGCGCUUGAGUGACCAGGAUGGAGGUCUGAUUAUAGAAUACGAGCACAGUCGUCUCUUGCCCAGCUGCGACAAGGUUCAAUUGCUUACGCCAACUUCGCCUCGCCAUGGCGCUGGCGUGCCAGAGGCAGCAGCUGUGGAACGCUGCGCUUAUGGUAUCUGUGCUAGCUUCAGUUUUGACGGCAACAGUAGCUCAGUCAUGUUUGCCACGGAGGCGCCCUGGUACGCAGUCCAUCUUGGGCCAGCUGAAUGGGACGCAAGCGGACACAGUGGAGCCGUCGUCGUUGUCAACCUUCCAGUGCGACUAUUGGACACUGCCGAAAGAGGUGAUAGAGCAGGAUGCAUCCUGCGAGCCACAGGACGCGAGCACGCCCGGCUACCUGCUCUUUGAGUUCUGGCGCCUGGACAAGGCCGACCGGCCCGACCAGCGGCAGCUGGAGGACGUGUACUUCCUGGUGGCCCGCGGCGCGCAGCCCAACGUGACUUACUCGGGAGGCGGCGUGUACUACGCCCCGCCGCGCGCGUCGCGGCCCCAGAGCGGCAGCAACGGCACGCUGCAGGACGGCGACGCGCAGUCGUACUGGCGGCCCUACCACCGCGUGGUGGUCCCGGCCAACGCCACCAGCAGCAGCAACGGCAACGGCAACUGGUACGUGACGGUGGGCAACAUGGACAUGGACCCGCGCAACGCCGUGCUGCGGUACCGCGUCCGCGUCAGUUGCCUGCCCUCGGCGGCGGCGGCGCCCUGCCCCACGCCGCUGUUCGCGCAGCCGCCCUGCAGCGGCCGCGGCGCCUGCUCGCUGCCACCCAAGGGCAUAACGGACCUUCCCGAGCUCAACCGCGUGUGCCUGUGUGAGGACGGCUGGGGUGACUACGGCUGCCAGACGUCGGCGCCGGCUCUGGCCAACGGCGGCGUCGCCACCGCGGUCGUGCAGCCGGGCGCGUGGGCCUACUGGCAGCUGCGUGUGUCGCUGCCGGAUGGCACCUCCAUGCUCGGCAACCCCGCGCUGCUGGUCGAGCUGAACCGCGGCGGCGUGGGCGGCGCGCCGGGCAGCGGCCUCCCCGGCGCCAGUGACGGCGGCGGCGACCCGGUCUUGGUGGUGAUGCCCAAGUCGCAGUCGGGCAGCAACCAGCUGCCAUGGUUCACGGACAUCACGCGGUACGCGGACCUGCGCUCCUACUUCCUGCAGCAGAACUUCCACUACCAGCUGUUCCGGGACGUGCAGCUGUUCCAGUCGUCGCCCUUCUCCAGCGCCGGCAACCGCUACGCCGACUUUUACGUGGCGGUCUACAACAACGACCAGCGCUUCCGCGACCCCGCGCUCAUCGCCAGCACAGCUAACGUGACCAUCCGGGCCCGCUGGCGGCUGCCCAGCACCAUGGGCGGCGGCGGCAGCGCCGUGCCGCUGUGCCCGGGCGACUGCUUCGGCCGCGGCACCUGCUACGACCCCUGGGACCUCACCAACAUGGCCGCCAGCGGCACCCUGCCGCCGCCGCUGCUGCCCGUGCUGCCCAGCAACACCGGCAAGCCCGCGGACUUCCAGUGCGCCUGCCGCGGAGACGCGGGCGGCACGAUGUGCGAGGGCACGCUGCGCAACCUGUCGGUCAGCACCGGCGGCGACGGCGGGCGCGGCAGCCUGGUUCCGGGCCAGUGGUACUUCUUCGUGCUGCAGAUCGACCCGCGCAAGUUCGACUACCGCAACAACGACGUGGCCAUCCAGUGGUUCGCCAAGGACUUGACGACGGACCCCGCCACCGCGUACGCCAACGCCUUCCUCACCAUUGACGAGCACGCCUUCCCGCGGGAGGCGCAGCUGGACAGCGACGACCCCUUCCGACGGGGCUGGCAGAUCUUCUACAACUCGCUGGCGGCUCGCAGCAACCCGCCGCAGCCGCUACAGAUGAAGGGCUCGGACCUCAAGCCCGGCUACAGCUACGUGCUGGGCGUGUACAACAGCGAGUACGUGCGGCUGGCGCCCUACGACUUCACCGUCAGCGUGUACGUGCCCGCCGCCAACCGCACCUGGCUGCACCCCUACAUGUCGGUGGUGCUGGGCGUCACCGCCUCCAUCAUCCUGUGCCUGCUCAUGACGCUCUGCCGCCGCCUGGUGCAGCGCUUCGGCUGGGGACCCUUCCGCGCCCGCGGCGGCCCCGGCGACCCCGCCGGCGGCGGCCCCGGCGGCCCGGGCGGCCCUGGCGGCCGCGUGGCGGCAGCCCACAUGGCGCCUCGCCAGCAGGGCGUUCCCGGCCACAUCAUCGACGGCUUCCACUCCUACCAGUACACCGCCUCCAAGGCGGAGCGCGAGCACCUGGCGCGCAACCAGCGCGAGCACGAGCAGCAGCAGGCCUUCCAGGAGCAGCAGCAGCCGCCGCCGCCGCACGUGCUCGGCGGCGCGGUGGAGCUGGGCGUGAUCGCGCGCGGCCAGGCCGUGCCCGUGGGUGGUGCCGGCGAGGGCGGCGUGGACGCGGUCGCGGCCAUGGCGGCGGCUGCCGCCGCCGCCUCCGGCGACGGCGCCACGAACAAUCAAAUGGUGGUUGGCUUCCCUCCGCCGCCGGGCGCCACGGCGAGCGGUACGGUCACGGCUGGGUCAGCCAGCACGCCGACGUCGUCGGCGGCGGCGGCGAAGGCGUCGGAGGAGGAGGGCGACGAGCCGCAGUGCACGGUGUGCCUGUGCGAGUACGAGGAGGGUGAGCGCAUCACGCAGCUGCCCUGCAAGCACGACUUCCACUCCACCUGCAUCAACAAGUGGCUGCAGACGCACUACACCUGCCCCAUCUGCCGCAUCUCCCUUCUGCCCGAGGAGGAGCAGCCGCAGCAGCCGGCGGCGGCGGCGGGCGUGGACGGCGCGGUGGUGAUUCCCAUCGGCGCAGGCGGCGUCGUGUCAGCUGCGGACGAGGCCGCAGCAACGGCCAACGGCAACAGCAGCAGCAUUGCGGCGCGGAUCGUGGCUUCGCGCCGCGCCUCUCACAACCCCGCGACGAUCGCGGCGAUGCCCAGCGGCCGUGGCAUGUCGGCGAAUGGCCGGCAGGGCUCGGGCCGGCGGCGGCAGGCGGCCGGCGUGGCGGAGAGCUUGGUGGGCGCGGCCUCGUCCGCCACCGCCGCGGAGCCCGCGCCCGCAGUGCUGGUGCCCAUGGCGAGCGGUGCCCGCGGCGGCGCGGCGGCGCCCACGUCAGCAUCGCUGGCGGCGGCGGCGGCGGCUGGCGCGGCUGGGGCGCAGCACGGCACGGUGGUGGCGGCGCCGCCGGCGGGCGCGGCGCAGCUGGUGGCGCGCGGCCCCUCGGCGACCCUGGCCGGGCCCUCCGCGUCCUCGUCAGCCGCAGGGUCAGCGGCAGCAGUCGCCGUGGCUGGGCCAGCCGGGGGCUCGCGCUCGCCAGCGUCUGCGGCGCGGCUGACGUCGAACCGGCUUGCGUCGCCGCGCCGGCCCGGGGCGGCGGGGGCGGCGGCGCCGCUGCCGCUGCGGGAUGCGGCGGAGGCGCCGGCCCCGGUGGCGGCUGUGGCGGAGCUGGCGAUUGGGGAGCUGCCUGGCGCUUCGCCGGGCAGUGGGCUAAACAGCAUGCUGCAACGGUAGUGAAAUGCUUGCUUCAAGGUUGAGGUCGUGGGUCGGGGUAUGAUCGUGCCGUACGUUGGGGAGGGGUGGGAGAAAGUGAUCUGCAACAGCUGCAUCUGCUGCGAGGGCAGUGGGCGGGUGGGCUUGCCAAUGUUGGAGACGGGCCUGGUGCGCGCUGGCGCCCACAUGAACUAGGCCGGUUGCGGAUCUAGACAACGUGGAUAAAUAUACCUGAUAAGCGUGAGAGCGCGGGGCUCUCACUUGGCUGGCGUUUCUGUGUGUUAUGUGACUUAUGAGGCGCAUGGCCUUGAACGCUCAAGAAGUGUUGGUGGCUGAUACAGAUGCCGUAACAAAAUGCACUGAAUUCUCUGUACCGCAAUCCCGGUAAUCAUUUGUGGGCAGUCAGUGGCUCAACUGCUGUCCAGGGGUUCUUACGCAGCGUUGACUUUUGCUCUUGUUAACUGUAUGCAUGUGUGGGGUGCGAUGGUCGUGCAUGGCAGGGGUGCUGGUGCCCGGUGCGCGGGACACACUUGAAGGGGUGCGGGCCCCACGUGGGGGCAUAUUUACUGCGAUGUUGAGCCUUGGUCUCAUAUCUGAACUGUCGCUUAAUGUAAUUGAGUGGGAAGUCGGUGAGACGCAGCCCUUUGCUACGCCCUGAAGCGCAACGCAAGGCGCAACGUCGUCGCACCGCAGCCUACAGUACUGGAAGCAAGGAAAUAAGUACAGCGGC